UGAAGACGUCAAACUCUAAAGCUGUCUCUGUUUGUUGGACGGCGAGUCGCCAAGAAACUCUCUCUCCUCCCCGAUCUCGGUGUUUGCGACGGGCGGGGUCGGGAUCUCGCGGUGAUCUGAUCUGUGUGCUCUUCGAUCUCUUCGCCUUUGUUGUGCUUGGGAGGGAUUCGGACCCGGAGGCCGCAUGGAGAGCUUGAUUUCGUUGGUGAAUAAGCUCCAGAGGGCUUGCACGGCUCUAGGUGACCACGGAGAGGAGAACGCCCUCCCGACCCUCUGGGACUCCUUGCCGGCGAUUGCAGUCGUCGGUGGACAGAGUUCUGGAAAGUCUUCAGUAUUGGAAAGCAUAGUUGGGAAGGACUUCCUACCAAGGGGUUCAGGAAUUGUUACUAGACGUCCCCUUGUUCUCCAGUUGCAUAAGAUUGAUGGUGAUAGAGAAUAUGCAGAGUUCAUGCAUCUUCCAAGAAAGAGGUUCACUGAUUUUGCUCUUGUUAGGAAGGAAAUCCAAGAUGAAACUGAUAGAGAGACUGGUCGUACCAAGCAUAUCUCACCUGUUCCAAUUCAUCUGAGUAUUUAUUCGCCUAAUGUCGUGAACCUGACACUUAUAGAUCUUCCUGGACUCACAAAGGUGGCUGUUGAGGGUCAACCUGAUGGUAUUGUGGCUGAUAUCGAGAAUAUGGUUCGGUCAUACAUUGAAAAGCCAAACUGUAUAAUUCUUGCCAUUUCGCCAGCUAAUCAGGAUCUUGCCACAUCUGAUGCAAUUAAAAUCUCUCGUGAAGUAGACCCCAAGGGUGAGCGAACAUUUGGUGUGCUCACAAAGAUUGAUCUUAUGGACAAGGGUACUGAUGCUGUCGAUAUAUUGGAAGGAAAAGCAUUUAGACUACAGUACCCUUGGAUUGGUGUUGUCAAUCGUUCCCAGGCUGAUAUUAAUAAGAAUGUGGACAUGAUUGCUGCUAGACGGAGAGAGAGAGAGUAUUUUGCUAAUACACCAGAAUACAAGCAUCUAGCUCACAGGAUGGGUUCAGAGUACUUAGGGAAGGUCAUGUCAAAGCAUUUGGAACAAGUGAUUAAAUCUCGAAUCCCAGGCAUUCAAUCUCUCAUAAAUAAGAGCAUUGCUGAAAUUGAAGGUGAAUUAAGUCGUCUUGGGAAACCAAUUGCUGCAGAUGCUGGAGGCAAGUUAUAUUCAAUUAUGGAAAUUUGCCGUAUCUUUGACCAAAUAUACAAGGAACAUCUUGAUGGAGUGCGACCUGGUGGUGAGAAAGUUUACAAUGUUUUUGAUACUCAACUUCCUGCAGCUCUAAAACGUUUGCAAUUUGACAAACAACUAUCAAUGGAGAAUGUCAGAAAACUCAUCACUGAAGCUGAUGGGUAUCAACCUCACUUGAUAGCUCCUGAGCAAGGAUAUCGUCGUCUUAUCGAAUCUUCUUUGGUUUCUAUUAGGGGUCCUGCUGAGGCAUCUGUUGAUGCGGUUCAUGCCAUACUGAAGGAGUUGGUUCACAAAGCUAUGAGUGAGACUCCGGAGCUGAAACAAUACCCUACAUUGCGAGUUGAAGUUGGCAAUGCUGCAUUUGAAUCAUUGGAAAGAAUGAGGGAAGAAAGCCGAAAAGCAACUCUUAAAUUAGUUGAUAUGGAGUGCAGUUACCUUACAGUAGAUUUUUUCCGUAAGCUACCUCAGGAUGUUGAGAAAGGAGGAAAUCCAACACUUUCUAUAUUUGACAGAUACAAUGAUUCCUAUCUCAGACGCAUAGGAACAACAGUGCUGUCAUAUGUGAACAUGGUAUUGGCAAGCUUGCGCAACUCCAUUCCAAAAUCUAUUGUUUACUGCCAAGUUCGUGAGGCAAAACGCUCCUUGCUUGAUCAUUUCUUCACCGAGCUGGGAAAGAAAGAGGCUAAGCAGUUGGGGAAAAUGUUGGAUGAAGACCCAGCAAUUAUGGAGCGUCGAUCAGCCUUGGCCAAGAGACUAGAACUAUAUAGAAACGCCCAAGCUGAGAUCGAUGCUGUUGCUUGGGCCAAGUAGAGGGCAGUCAGGGACUGUUCUCAUUUUGUAUAAUCUCUAAGCAAUUCAUUCAUUCCGAUUGAGAGGUGUGCCCCAUUUCAUACAUUUUGCAGCGUUCUUGUCUCUCUUUUUUCCGUUUGACAUAAAUUGCAUCUCGAGUUUGUAAUAUUUAGAUCUGUUGUUGUUGAUCCCUAAUCGUGCCACCCAGUAGGUAAUGUAUAGAAUUUAUGUAGCAGAAAUGUCUCUUUCGAUGCUCUAACACUAUGGACUGUGUGUUGCUCGAAAUCCCCUUUUUUCCUAGUGAAUUAUCUUUUUGUCCA